AUGGCGGCCACGCCACCUGUCCCGUCUUUUCCGGAAACAACCAAAUCUCUCAAUCGACUCCUACUCUCUCACUCUCCACGUCUUCUCUCUUCCAAUUUCCGUUUCAGUUUCAGCGCAAAGUGCAGCUUCGAGAAUCAUCGAAAUUCCACAAUUGAACAUUUCUCAAUCAUGAAUAGAGAUUCAAUUCACAACAACAGUACCAAUUCUUCAUUUUCUUCUUCGUUGGUCUCUGCUUCUUCUUCAGGCUCUCAACUCAAUUCGAAGAACUCGAAGAAGGUUGUUCUCUUUUAUUCUGCUGAAACGAAAUCGCUAGCUUACAAUAUUGCCUCUGAAUCUGAUGCAAUUGAACUCCGAUCCAUCUCUUGGGGCAAGUUUCCUGACGGCUUCCCCAACAUUUUCAUUCCCAAUGCUCAAGGCAUCCGUGGACAGCAUGUGGCUUUUUUGGCUUCAUUCAGUUCUCCAGCUGUGAUUUUUGAGCAGAUUCCUGUCAUUUAUGCAUUGCCAAAACUGUUUGUAGCCUCAUUUACACUCGUGCUUCCGUUUUUCCCAACCGGAACUUCUGAAAGAAUGGAGGAUGAAGGUGAUAUCGCCACCGCUUUUACUUUGGCAAGGCUUUUGUCAAACAUACCGAUUUCUAGAGGAGGACCAACAAGUUUGGUCACAUUUGACAUUCAUGCUUUGCAGGAGAGAUUCUACUUUGGUGACAACAUUUUACCUUGCUUUGAGAGUGGGAUACCAUUGCUUAAAAGAAGGCUCCAAGAUCUGCCAGAUUCUGACAAUAUAUCAGUUGCUUUUCCUGAUGACGGGGCCUGGAAACGGUUUCAUAAGCAAUUGCAGCAUUUUCCAACGGUAGUUUGUGCAAAGGUCCGUGAAGGAGAUAAACGAAUAGUUCGAAUUAAAGAGGGAGAUCCUAAGGGUCGGCAUAUUGUGAUUGUUGAUGAUUUGGUUCAGUCGGGUGGAACCCUGAUAGAAUGCCAGAAAGUUUUGGCAGCUCAUGGAGCAGCAAAGAUAAGUGCUUAUGUGACUCAUGGCAUUUUUCCAAAUAAAUCAUGGGAACGUUUUGGGCAUGAUAACGGGGGGAGUCCGGAAAGUGCACUCACCUACUUCUGGAUCACAGACUCAUGCCCCUUAACAGUGAAGGAGGUGAUGCAUAGGGCACCAUUUGAGGUUCUCAGCCUAGCAAGUUCUAUAUCAGCCAGUCUCCAAAUCUGA